UAUAACCUAUUGCAAUUAAGCAAUACAUUUAAUUUGAGAGCCAUGACUUAUAUAAAAAAUCUUAUCACAUGUGUGUUAAUUAUUGUAAUGGCAAUUCCCGAAGCCAAAGCACAAGUUGGUAUUCUGAAUGAUCUCUUAGGUUCGGCUAAUAUUCAAGGAACUGUACUUUGCACUUCUAAUGACAAUGUGGGUGUCAAUGGUGCUGCAAUCCCAGUUUUUUCAAAUGCUCAAGUACAACUAGAAUGUGGAGGAAAUAUGAUUUCUAAUGCAACAAGUGAUGAUGAUGGAAAGUUUUCAAUUAUGAUGGAUGAUCCUCUGCUAUUUGAUAUAUCUUCACUACUUAAUGGUUGCAACCUAAUGGUUCCAACACCACUCUCCAAUUGCAACACAAAGCUUCCUUCUUUUGGUGGUUUAAUUUCAACCCUCAAAUAUGUUGGGAUUAGUCGUAUUGGGACUAGCACUCUUGCUAACAUUGCACCAUCAGGAUUUCAUUUCAUCCCCAUAACCUAAUUAAUUCGUUAAUACAUCCUAUCACAUCAAAUAAUUUUACUUAUAUUUGAGAUAAAUUAUUAUAUAUCACAAUUAAAUAAAGUCAUGUCUUUCUAUUGUUAUUUUAUGUACUUCAAACUAAAAAAUGUCUCAUCUGCUAUGUAUUAAUAAA